CGGCAGGGUGAAGUUGCGCGGAAUGGAAAGCGGAUAGAACAGACAGAAGGAUGCGCGCAGGCGUGAAACGGACGCGGUGAACGCUCGGUAUCCGCGUGGCGCGAGUUAGAAGUUGGCUUCGCGCUUUUAGUCUCGGCCCGUGUCUCUUCUCGUUCAUCUUCGUUCACCCGUCCCGUAGAACGGCCAACGAGAAGGCGAGUUCCCGCUCCUGAGGUCGCCCGCCUGCGAAUUUUCAUCGAAGCCUCGAACGAAGGGAAGAGGAAAAAGGAAAGGGAAAAAGUGUGGAACGAACGGAGUCCGCGACCGGCCGCGGUUUGAACGAUGAAGCGGAUAGACGUUCGGAUCGGCGAUGAUCGUCCUCGUGUUUUCGUCCUCGCCAUGAAACGCCGUCCCCUUUCGUAGCAUCAUCCAUCCCCCCAUUGCAUCGAGGGAGACGCGCGUUCGAUGGAACGCGCCGGAACGGGUGAAAAAUGUCCGAGAAGAGUUCGAACGAAAUUCUCGAGGGGAAGAAGAGGAGCACCGCCCAGCGAAGAUGGCGCAUCCUUGCCAAGGCGUUGAUAGGCACCGUCUCGGAACCGAUCUCCGUCGAUCCUGAGAACGAGAUAUCGGUGCGCCGUUUCACCAGCUUCGAUCUGUUGAGAGUGAAUCGGUUGGAGAGCAAUCCAACCGCGGAUCCGGAUUCGUUCGCGGCUUGGUACGAAUAUUCGACCGUUUUGGACAACAAGUUGUUCACCAUAGAGAUACGCCGGCGAACAAAGAGAAAUUUCACGGCGAACGAGUUGAUCGGGUUCAACAAUACGGGAAACAUCUGCGUCUGGCCGUCGGAGGAAUGUUUGGCUUAUUACUUGUUGAAAAAUCGGCAUCUCUGUCGAAACAGAAGAAUCCUCGAACUCGGUGGCGGUAUGAGCUGUCUGGCGGGGGUGCUCGCCGCCAAGUACUGCGACCCGAAGGAAAUCGCGCUCACGGAUGGGAACGUGACCAGUGUGAACAACGUGCGACGAAUCGUAUCGAGGAACGGCAUGUCCGAUUUCGUCGAGUGUGGCGUGGUACAGUGGGCCAAAGCGGCCAGGGCGAUCAGGGCAGCAAGAUCGGUCAGACCGUUCCUACAUCCCCAUCCCAACGCUCUUCGAGUCAAGAACUGGAGUGGCGGCGCCAAGGAUGUUGCAAAAUUAACGGAAAAACUGUACGACGUGAUCCUGUGCGCGGAUUGUCUUUUCUUCGACGAGGCUCGUUCCGAUUUGGUGGAGACGAUCUACGGCUGGCUGGCAAACGAUGGCCUCGCUCUGGUGAUGGCGCCUAGACGGGGAUCGACUUUUGAACAAUUUGCGGAAGCGGCGAUAAAGAGGGGUUUCGUCGCGCGACAAAUAGAUCGUUACGACGCUACGAUUUGGUCGAGGCAUCUGGAAUUGUUGGAGAACAGCCAGGAAUAUUGUCCAGACCUCCAUUAUCCGAUUCUUCUGGAGCUUACCAAGCAGAAGAAAACGUCGCCAGGAUGAUGAAACUUCGAUCGUCCACCGCGUCGAAAAACGAUCGCGUUUACGAUCCUUUAACGAGAGUUCCUCCCUGCCCCUUCUACCGACCAUUUCGGCCCAUUCCCUUCUUCCAUUCCGUUACCAUUACCCGACUUAGCUUACUUCUUUAUCCUUCUCCCCACCCCUCUCCCGCUUUUUUUCCAGAUGUAUAAUACCUGCCGUUCUCUGCCCAUCCGUUCCAAUAUAUCUAUCUAAGCGGCAACAUCGCAUAAUCGAGAUUAUUAAUUACACGUCGAAUCCGUUCGAUGUACACAAAUUUCUAUUAAGUUAGUUAGAUAGCCAUCGUUAAAUAUUGCUUAUUCGUUGCGCGAUAUACCACGUUUUUUUCCCCCUCUCUUUCCCCACCAACGAGUCGAGUAAACGAUAGUAUUUCAAGUACCUGAUGUUUAGACCGAUAGAAUUGAAAAAUGGUUUGUACACGGCGUAUCUGUACGAUCUACGCUGUUGCCCUGCUGGCAAGAAAAAUAUUUAGAAAUGACGCGACGAGGACGACGUGUUAUACGUAUACGGCGGUAUAUAACCGUUUUUUCGUUUCGUUCCGUUUCGUUUCUCUCUUCUCCGUGAAAUUUUUUUAAGAAAAUUAUUUCCUUCCCUUUUUCGUGAAGAAACGUGUAUUCGUCGGGUACAUUCGUGUCGAACAAAAGCGGCCGAUCGAUCUUCGAAGAAUGAUCUCGUUUCACUCGUUUUACUCGAUCUUCAUAGAUCGAUUUUGACCGAAUACUACGCUUCACAUUUUUCGAUCUCUAUCGAUAUAUAUAUAUAUAUAAAUACUUCUCGAAUACUUUUCGAUGGUAUAUAUAGUAUGUAAACUUCGAUCUAGCUAUUCGAUCAAGGGUCCAAAAUGAACCGAUUAGAAAAAUUAUAUAUAGUAUACGAUCUUUGUUGUAAGGUAAUAAAGACUUUUUUACCGUGCAUCGUUACGCGUUUCAACAGUUCUUCUCAGAUGGACAAUUAUAUUCUUUCAAAAAUAAACGUGUUGAAAAAUGAUAUAAUUUUCAGAUUUGGAAUCUCGCGAAGCGAUAUACAUAUCGCAUGAAUAUUUAUUCGUUUAUACACGUGUUUUUGUUCGUUUGUUUGUCUGUUUAUUUCGUUAAUUUAUCUAUUUUAUUUUCACGUUAUCCACAUUACGUUUCAAUUUAAUAAGAUCGUUUCUUCUAGAAUAUCCGAUAUUUUCUUCCUUCCUUCCUUCCUUCCUUCCUUCCUUCCUUCCUUCCUUCCUUCCUUUCUUUCUUUAUAUCUCUUUUUUUGUUUCUUCUUCUUACUUCUUUUCUCGUUUCGUUACAACCGUGUUGCAAUGUAAAUCGAACCGCAGUCAUGACAAAGGACCAACUUAGUUCAGCCUAGUCAAAGCUACCAAACAAAUUUCCAUUAUCGCGUAUUACCUAUACUUAUAUACCUUUACGAAGGAACAACUAUUUGUGUGUACGUGAGUAUGUGAGUAUGCGUGAGUGACAAGACAUGUAAGAAAACAUUGCAAAUAAAAUAAUAUUUUCAUUUAACA